GUGUUGAGCUUGAUCGUGUUCAUCUGUGCCUCGAUUCCCUUGGGUUGGGUCGGAUACGGAGGAGGCUGGGUGCAGUUCGUCUCCAUGACCGCAUUUCUUACCACAGCCGCCAUCUUUGUCAUCAUCUUCCUGAACAUAUUGCCGCGGCUGCCUGGACCUUGGACUUUGAUUCUGUUCAUCUAUUACGCGGUGUUUGUGGUCCUGUAUUUAAUUGCCGCCAUUGUGUGUGCAGUCAGAGCCCCCUAUUGGUCAGCAGUUGGAGCCGCUGCUUUCUUUGCAUUUGUGGUAAUGAUAGUCUAUGGAGUGGAUGCUUUUUUCCGUUUCCGUACCUGGAGAGAGGGCGGUCCUCAACCCCAGCAUACCAGCACCCACCAGGAAACCCACACCACGGAAACAGUUACCACGGAAACCGUGGGAUAUUAAAGGGACCAACUCUCCAAGGUGCACCAUCAGAGUGGAACAAGUGCACGUCAAGCAUUAAUGAGAUAAUACCUGCUGCUUUGUCCUUGGAGAUUUGCUUUGUAAAUGUUAUAUAUACCUGUUAGCUGCUUAGAUGUAGGUAAUGGAUUCUGUCACUUUAUAUUGUAUGUGAGCAUCAGAACUGUGGUGGAAAUGUUGUAGGGUAUAACUGUUAAUAUGAACCGUGUACCAUUGUGUAUUUAUUGUGUCCUUGGAUAAACCAGAACUGGUUCAAGUAUGAAUGACAUCACAAGGUGACCAAGUUAACUGAAGGGGAUUCAGCAGCCUCUGCUGCGGGAUAGUUCCUCUUUGACUGUCAUUCCUUCACAUGCUGGCUUUUAUUAUUAUUAUUAUUAUUAUUAUUUAUUUAUUUAUUUAUUUUUUCUUUUUUAGACAGCUUAAUAAGCCACUGCUGGAUAUUAAGGUGUAUUUCCAGC